AGUGCGGCCUGGGAUCGAGGAUAAUCUCUGGUUUGCUCAGCGAUCGUCAGAGACAUGACAGGAGAUGGCGACUAUUUCUAGGGAAACAGACUUGGAUAAACUAGUAGUACAAGUGAAGAAGCUUAACCUAGACGCUCAGGGAAGUUCAGGAGCUUAUGGAGUUGUCUACAGAGUGACUGUGGAGGGGAGAAAAUGUAUUGCCAAGAAGCUCCACAGCAUCUUGCUCAAAGUUGGUGACUACUAUCCAGUGGACCAGAGAGAUUCCAUUAUUGAAAAGUUCCGCAAUGAGUGUCGCAUUCUGAGCGGCUUAGAUCAUCCAAACGUUAUAGCGUUUGUUGGAGUCCACUACGGUCGAGACAAGAAUGACAUCAGUCUGAUAAUGGAGAGGCUUCAAUGGGAUGUGGCCGACUUUAUCGAGAAGAAUCCUGGCACAAGUCUCGUAACUAGAAUUAACAUCCUAUACGAUGUAUCCAAGGGCCUUCAAUAUCUCCACUCGCUGACUCCUCCCCUCAUACACCGUGACCUCACUGCUCCCAACAUCUUGCUCACUGAUGACCUCACUGCCAAGAUUGGAGACCUGGGCGUAUCCAGGUACGUUGAUCCCACUGCAAUGUCACAAACCCUAACAAAGGCGCCUGGAAACGUAUACUACAUGUCCCCAGAAGCAAGAGACGAGAAUCCGCAAUACACUGUCAAGCUGGACAUUUUCUCCUUCGGUGCUCUCAUUAUCCACACAUUCAUUGGGAAAGUGCCAGAUGUACAUGAUGUCCCAUAUGAUCAAACUGCUGUACAGCUCAGUCAAGAGGGGAAAAUCGAGUUGACAAGACGAAAAAAGGCUAUUCAGCAGAUGACCACAGACCACUGCAUGUAUCCUCUCAUUGUCCGCUGUCUCCAUGACAAACCCGCUUCACGUCCCACUACAGACGAAUUAUGUGGCUCUCUGGUUGAUCUAAUCCAAAAAAAUGAUGCUGCUGUUCAAAAGACUGAGAUUCAAGCCGCUCUUAAGCAACAGUUCAGAAAAGGGGAUGUCUGGUUCUUGGUCGACAUUCGCUGGAUAAAACAGUGGAUGAAGUUCAUAGGCUAUAAGCCUGAUGACCAGUCAUCAGUUGGCAAGAAGUCCGCUAACCCAGGACCACUGGACAAUUCAAACCUUUCCAACACCCACGGUCAUCUUCGUGAGCGCUUGGUGGAUGAGAUGGACUACUUUCUUAUUCCAGAGUCAGCUUGGAACAAACUUGCAUCCUGGUAUGGCCUCAGUCCGAGUUCAAAGGUCAUCUCAAGGAGAGUGAUUGAGUACGGACUGUGCGAAAAACACCUUAAGGUGGAGGUGUAUCUGCUAGAGUUCCAGCUAUGUGCACAGCCCUACCUUAACGACGUGAAGACGAGGGAGUUCAGCAGAGCAGACACUGUUUCUGAUUUGGAGUCUGCUAUUAGGGAGGAGUUUGGUAUCCCCCUAACCAGAGAGUGCAGGGUGUGGCAUCGCUACAUGGCAAAUACCUAUGAGCUAUUGUCAAAAGCUGACCAAUCUCUGCACGAUGUUGGACUCUACAAUGAAGAGACUGUUAUGCUGGAGAAGAAGAACGAUGAUGGGUCAUGGCCACACCGUAACACUGUACCAUGUGGACUGAGUAACCCUGGCAACACUUCAUUUAUGAACUCAGUUCUCCAUUGCCUAAGCAACACUGUCUCCCUCACUAACUACUUCCUGGAAGACUACAAGAAGCACAUCGAUACGACCAGCACUCUGGGAACGGGCGGGGCCAUUGCCGAGGCUUAUGCGGCCCUAAUAGAGGAAUUGUGGUGUGGGAAAGGCAGCGUUAUUGCCCCAAAGCACUUCCUCGUCCAGGUUCGUCGCUAUGCCUCACAGUUAACAGACCUUGUUGAGCAUGACGCUAAUGAGCUUCUGGCUAUCCUAUUGGACAGCCUACACGAAGACCUCAACCUGGUGAAAACAAAACUUUCCAUUGACAUGACUGUGCCUACCAAAGGCAGGGAGGAACAGGACAUUGCUGAAGAGUGGUGGCACAAGCACCUACAACGAAACCAGUCUAUGAUCGUCAAGUUAUUCCAAGGUCAGCUGCGAACAACAUUGGAAUGCUCAAAGUGUAAACAGACAUCAAAGACCUUUGAUCCCUUUACAACGUUGUCACUACAACUCCCACCCUUCAAAGGGACAAGAAACAUCUAUGUCUGUUUGGUCCGUAGCAAUCCCUUUCAAUCAGUCAUGAAGUAUAAGCUGAAGCUUCUCAAAAACGGUCGUAUAAUGGACUUAAAGACGAAGCUGGGCUCACUGUGUGACAUAGAGGCCAGCCACUUGGCAGUGACAGAUGUGUACAACGGUCGAUUCCACAGGAUCUACGCUGACAAGGACCCUCUCUCACACAUUGUGGACAAGGAUGACAUCUAUUGCUACCAACUCCAAAAAGAGCACAUUGGCAACAGAAAGAUGGUUCACGUACCAGUUUACAUGAGGGCAGAAACUGAGCCACAGUACUCACCAAACAAAUCGUCGAGGUACUUCAUUCUGUUUGGGUUUCCAAUUAUUGUGUACGUACCAGCAGACGCCACCUAUAGGACUCUGUAUACUGCCGUUGUCAUCACAAUGAGGAGGUAUGUGAAGCUUUUGUCUGAAGUCCAAGAACAUGUAUCUGUUGAAACAGGAGAGACCGAGAAGGACUUGUUCCAAUUGACGGUUGUCAAUUGCUAUGGCUCUCAGGAUAUCAAGAAACUUGUUGAUGACCCGCAAACACCUCUGCAACUGUCAGGCUCUACUUACAUUGCCUGUGACUGGGACCAGGAAGUAAAGGAACAGUGCUAUAACGAGGAAAAGAGCAAGGAGUUUGUGGAGCACCAAUCAGUGGGCAAGAGUGAGAGCGAUGUACAAUUGAUGGAUUGCUUGGAUAUGUUCACCGUCCUGGAGACAGUUGACGACAAUUGGCAUUGUCCAAAGUGUAAAGAGGACACCUCGGUAACAAAGAAGAACGAGGUUUGGACUUUGCCAGACGUAUUGACGCUGCACCUCAUGAGAUUAUCAAAAGACAGUGACAAGCUGAACGUUAUGGUGGACUUCCCUGUAUCUGGAUUGGAUCUCUCCUCUCUAGUACGGUGUCCCAAUGUGGUAGAAACUGUCUACGACCUCUAUGCUGUUUGCAACCGUGUUGGAGGAGCAAAGGAUGGGCAUUAUACUGCCAGUGCUAAGAAAAUGGACGAUAAACAGUGGUACCAAUUCGAUGACAGCAUCGUCUCAGAGACUAGAGAAGAUAGACUUGUGACGGCAGCUGCAUAUAUACUGUUCUAUCGUCGUCGUGGCUGGGUCUCACCACCUAGUAUCUAGGAGCAAUCGAAAAGGAGAUUCAUGAGGUAUUUGCUGAACCAGACUAUAAACUGUUGUGUAGGUUAGUUGUUAUAUUUACGGAUUUUUGUUGUUGUGUAAAAAAUUAUUUUUGUUACGGUAGAUUAUUGUCUGUCUCAUCCCCAUGCACCCUUCUCAUCAUAAAACGA